CCGUCCGCGGGUUGUCAUUCUCCGAUCCCGCCGGUGUGCGUGUCUAGCAUCGGAUGAUUUCGCGAGGGCGGUGCCAAGUCGGAGGAAAUCGUGUCGUGAACUGACCGGCUCCUGAGAAAACCGAAGAGGAUCUCACCGGUAGUUGCAUCUUCUACAUCAGCGCCGUUGCUUUUCACACCGACAAGCCCCUGGUUUAGCUAGCUCAUUUGCUAACCAACGUUAGCCGUUUAUACCAACCAGCUCAUAAAACAACUGUUAGCAAUUUUUUUUUUUAUGUCCCGAAUUCCAGAAAUAUCUGUUAAUAAUUCGAAACGAAAAAUUAACCACAUUAUGGAGACUGAGAUACACGUGCCUGUUGGGUCGCCGGUAAUUCGAAAAUUCCCGAUUUUCGUGGAGGAAAAUAAUGUAACGGAUGGAGCAAUGAAGCUGAUAAAGCAGCUUCGGCCAGCGUGGGACAUGAACCAUGUCAAGACCAAGCUCUUCACUGAUGGGACCACUAAUAAGCUGGUUGGUUGUUAUGUGGAGGCGAGUCCAGAAGACGUUGUUCUGGUACGUGUGUAUGGGAACAAGACGGAGCUGAUCGUCGACCGAGACAACGAGCUCAAGAGCUUCCAGGUGCUGCAUGCUAACGGCUGCGCUCCGCGGCUCUACUGCACCUUCCAGAAUGGCCUUUGCUACGAGUUCAUGCAGGGGGACGCCCUCGGAACACAGGAUGUCAGGGAUCCUACCAUACUCAGACUGAUAUCCAGGGAGAUGGCUCAUAUCCAUGCGAUCCAUGCACACAACGGCUGCAUCCCCAAACCCAAUCUGUGGAUCAAGAUGAGGAAAUAUUUCUCUCUGGUCGCUACCGAGUUCACCGAUCAAGCCUCCAACACCAGGAUCCAGCAGGAGGUGCCCAGCCAGGCGGUGUUGGAGCAGGAGAUGGUGUGGAUGAAGGAGCACUUGUCAAAGCUGGGCUCUCCUGUGGUGCUCUGUCACAACGACCUGCUCUGCAAGAACAUCAUCCACAACAGCAAAGAGGGCCAUGUCCGGUUCAUAGACUAUGAAUACUCUAGUUACAACUAUCAGGCCUUUGACAUCGGGAACCACUUCAACGAGUUUGCAGGUAUGAGUGAGCUGGACUAUGGGCUGUAUCCUAGCCGUGAGAUGCAGCUGGAGUGGCUGCGUGUGUAUCUGCACGCGUACAAGGCGUCCACUAAGAAAGGAGAGGAGGUCAGCGACAGAGAGCUUGAGACUCUCUACGUACAGGUCAACAAGUUUGCCCUGGCGUCACACUUCUUCUGGGGCUUCUGGGCACUCAUCCAGGCCAAGUACUCCUCCAUAAAUUUUGACUUCCUGGGCUAUGCUGUGCUGCGUUUCAACCAAUACUUCAAGACCAAGCCUGCAGCGAUGGCCCUACAGAUCCCAGAAUGAGAGGGGAAUACAAGAGAAGAGAGGUACCCCAUCACCGGCACUGACCAGGGGAGCAGACACACUUUGAGCAGGAGAGGACUGGGAUGGGGGACAAGGGUUGGGGUUAAUGUUUAGGGCUGAGUAUGUGGUUAAGGCAGCAGUGUCAAACUCAUUCCAUUGAGAGCCUAGUGUAUGCUGGUUUUGGUUUUUCCUUUCAAUAAAGCCCUAGACAACCAGGUGUGGCAAGUUCUUUACUAAUUAGUGACCUUUAUUCAUCAAUUAAGUACAACGGAACAGCGAAAACCUACAGACACUUGGCCCUCCGUGGAAUGAGUUUGACACUUGUGGGUAAUAACAUUAAGGGGACAGAGUGUGGAUGGACCCCAACAUAAAACACUAUUAUUCCUAUUCAACUCAGUCCACCUGUCUCACCACUCAAGGUCCUAAUCCGCCACGGUUGGUGUGUUUUAAUUUUUUAUAUUUGAUUUAUUCUGUGAAGAAUUGAUUGAUCCAGUGAGAUUCAUUCCCCAGACACAGGUAGCUGGAACACUAGUUUUUGGUGCCGACAUGGAGGACAGUGUGCAGACACAGUUAUGUAUAUGUGGGUUCUGGGUUUACUCUUUGGCUGUCGCUGCUCAAAGCGUGUGCUGUGGGACAGAGGAGGCAGUCAUCGUCAACCCCCUAGCCCUUAGCUUUGGCACUGAUCUAAGAGGAUUUCUUUUUUGAUUUGGUAAUGGAGCCACCUUGAAAUUAUUGUAUAUGGUAUACAUCAAACUUUA